CGUCUCACGUGUACUGUGUUGACUGUCAAUGUCUCCGGGAGCCCAAUUCCCGGAAGCUGUGAGCUCUGAGAGAAGUUCCUGCGCUCGGUGCCCUGAGUCUGCGAAUCCCCACCAUGAGCACCCCAGGCGUGCUGACCUUCACCCAGCAAGCCUGGGAGCAGGUCCUGGCCAAAGUGAAACGGGCCGUGGUCUACCUGGACGCCGCCUGCGCCGAGAGCCUGCACUGGGGCUGCGGGUCCUCACGGCUGCUGGAGGCGGUGGGGAACUCUGCGUGUUACCUGCGGGAGUUCGAGCCCGCCGCAGUUGGUGGCGGAGCCGAGCAGCCCAAAGCGGUGUUUGUGUUGAGUUGCCUGCUGAAAGGCCGGACCGUGGAGACCCUACGGGACAUCAUCUGCCGCAGUCACUUCCAGUAUUGUGUGGUGGUCACGGCUGUGAAUCACGCAGUCCACCUCACGGCUAAUCACGUGCCGGCGGCGGCGGCGGCUGAGCUGGAAGGGCAGCAGCCAGUGUUCGAGCAACUGGAGGAGAAGCUGUGUGAGUGGAUGGGCAACAUGAACUACACGGCUGAGGUGCUGCACGUCCCGUUGUUACUCGCAUGUGCUGCUCCCCACCUUGCCUUGACUCCAGCUUUUGCUUCCCUUUUCCCACUAUUACCCCAGGAUGUGCAUAUCCUCAACCGUGCCCGAUCGGACAAGAGGAGGCUGGGAAACCUGGCUGAGGUGGAUGCCACUACCCUAACCCCUGAACUGCUGCUGACGAUUAGGUGCCUGGUGUCCGGCCUCAGUUCCCUGUGUGAGCAUUUAGGGGUACGGGAGGAGUGUUUUGCUGUAGGUUCCCUCAGUCGGAUCAUCGGUGCAGAUCUGGCCAAUUUUGCUCCCGCCAAGAACAGGAGGAAGACCGCCACAGGCAGGGCAUCAGUGGUCUUUGUGGACAGAACUCUGGAUCUCACAGGGGCGGUUGGACAUCAUGGAGACAACUUGGUGGAGAAGAUCCUUUCAGUGCUUCCCCAGCUUCCGGGCCACACCAAUGAUGUGAUGGUUAACAUGGUGGAGCUCACUGCACUCCAGGCCGAGGAGGAGAAUCAGAAUAUGGUUGCACCCGGCUGUCUCGCACAAUCCAAUGACCCGGCAGCCAAAGCCCUGUGGGAAGCCUUAUUGAACACCAAGCACAAAGAGGCAGUGAUGGAAGUCCGGAGACAUCUAGUGGAAGCAGCAAGCAGAGAAAACCUGCCAAUCAAGAUGAGUAUGGGGAGAGUCACUCCGGGACAGCUCAUGUCGUAUAUUCAUCUCUUCAAGAACAACCUCAAAGCUCUAGGGAAUCACUGUGGGCUCCUACAGCUUGGACUGGCCACUGUUCAAACUCUGAAACACCCGCAGACUGCCAAGUGGGACAACUUUCUGGCUUUUGAAAGGCUCCUUCUCCAGAGCAUUGGGGAGUCGACAAUGUCUGUUGUGUUAAAUCAGCUGCUUCCCAUGAUUAAGCCUUCGAACCAGAGGACUAAUGAUGACUACAGCCCCGAAGAGCUGCUGGUCCUCCUGAUAUAUAUUUAUUCUGUCAGUGGAGAGUUCUCAGUGGACAAAGACCUGGGUGAAGGUGAAGAAAAAGUGAAGAAAGCGUUGGCUCAAGUCUUUUGUGAGGAGUCUGAAUUGUCACCUUUGCUGCAAAAAAUCACAGGCUGUGACUCUUCAAUUAACCUGACAUUUCACAAGUCCAGAAGUGCCGUGGAUGAACUCUUUACUUCGCUUCGGGAUAUUGCUGGAGCUCGGAAUCUCAUGAAACAGUUUAAGUCUGUAUAUGUUCCUGGAAAUCAUACCCACCAGGCAUCCUAUAAGCCGUUGUUGAAGCAGGUUGUGGAGGAAAUAUUUAAUCCCGAGAGGCCAGAUCCCGUUGACAUUGAACACAUGUCUUCAGGCCUCACUGAUCUCCUUAAAACUGGAUUUAGCAUGUUCAUGAAGGUGAGCCGGCCUCAUCCCAGCGACCACCCUCUUCUGAUUCUCUUCGUGGUGGGCGGGGUCACAGUCUCGGAAGCCAAAAUGAUCAAAGACCUUGUGCCAUCCCUGAAGCCAGGAACCCAGAGAGAGUGGCUCAGAGAACCUGGGGCUUCAGAAGCAGCCUUGCCUGCUGCUGUGUCACCGCUGCUGCCUCUAACUCCUGGGCCACACAGAAUCUACGAGCAGAUCAGCCUCUUCCCUCCUCCACAGGUCUUCCCCCAGGGCCACUCUUCUCCAAACCGAGUAUCUUCAGUUCUUCCAGCUUCCCCACCCCAGCCCGUGCCGUGGACCCGAGUGCCUCAGCUCCCGGGCAGCUCUCCUGGGCCACCAGGUCUCUCCCUCUCAUGCUCACUUACAACUGAGCGCCCUUGCCAUGGGCUGAUCAGUGCAGAGGCCCUGGGGCCCCCUCCUCCUCCUACCACGGCCCCUCCCUGCUGCUGGGCCUUUAUUGAAUACUAGAAACCGUACUUGCAUUAUUGAAGCAUAAGAUAAAAGCAGCUUUUCUGUAGACUACGCCAACCUGUUACUGAUUCUGGGAUUAUGGACAGCUAAAACCACUCUGUCUUUUGUAUCAAUUGCUAUGAUCCAUACCUACUGUAUAUCAACAUGGGUGCUUUUUGGACCCAGGUGCAGGAACUUAAGUCUUAAACUGGAUUAGUCAAUUAUCCAGUAAACAUUUAUUGAGCAUCUACUCUGUGCCAAGCACUGUUCUUUGUGCUGAGGAUAGAGCGGUGACCAAGCCAGACUCGUUCCUGCUUUCAUGGAACUUACAUUCUAAUAGUAAGUGAUUGACUGACAUUAAACACAGAAGCUCCAGCUAGACAUGAGUGUUCCGGGAACAUAGGCAGGUGCUGUGAUGGGAAUACCUGGGGGCUUGGAGGCAAGAGGUUCCUUCAUACGGCACCGGCUUCCCCUGGAGCAGAAGGCUGGUGAGCUGAGAUUUGCAAGGCAUCCGGGGAUCUGCUCUUCAAAGGAAACUGCUGAUAGAAGUCACUUAAGGCACAUCCAGAAAUGAAUUCUCUUUUACAAAAGAUGGUAAGGAUAGCAUGAAACAGUGGAAUCCAGAAACCGCAUUAGCAGCUGCUAGUCCUAGAGGAUGGUUGCUAUACUCUAAAAUGGGGUGUUUUCUCCGCUCUCCAUCUGUGGUGCUUGGUAAACGUGCUGAGAGAAAGUGGGCAGCUGGAGAAGGCCCUCCUUCCUGACUACAAAAAAAAAAAGGAUCAAAGAGGCAACCUCUCAACCCCACUGCAAACAGCCACAGCCAUGAGCAGGAGAGUUCGCGGGCUUGCCCUGGUCUGGGGUGCGUGUGCUCAGCACCAACCUCUCUCAUUCCAGACAGCUCUGCAGGCUGAACCCCGUAGCUGGGUCGUGGCCAAGAGGCCAGCAGAAGCCUGCGAUUGUGGGAGGAAAAUAACAGGGAGGGACCCCUCCGUAAAAUACAGGGAAAGGCCAGCUCAGGAAACAGAGGAAGGCCGAGUGACCAAGCCGACCCUGCCAUCACGCUCUUCAUGGGCUGGUACACGUUGCCCAGCCACACUCUCAUGUGCAUCUCCAUUUCUGGAGCUGAACAUUUAGUGAGAAUGUAGGAGGAAAAAAAAAUUAGACCCGGAAAUAUGCUCAUACGCGUACAAUUUUGCACAACUGUGGAGGUUCAAGGAUACCUAAAUCCUGGAUGUAUACCAUAGCUCCAGGUUAUUCUAAAAUUUGAAGCCCCAAAGAGAAGAGUCAAGCCACUUCCUUUUCUUUUCUUGGUCUACAUUUAAUUUGUUCUGAAGUUUCUUACUCUAAGGAAAACGUCAGUGAGAUUCAAAAUUUUUAUGUUUACCUGAGUUAGCUUAGGCCCUUAUCAUUUGAACUAUUAGACGGCAUUACAUAUGUUCAUAUUGUUCCUCUUAAUAUUACCCUUCAUUCCUACGCACUUCAUGUGUCUUUGAUACUUGCAGCAAUCCACGUAACAACGCUGAAGUCAUUUACAAUGGAAGGUUUUUGUUCUUGUUGUUUUCCCUCAAGAGACUUCUUUUUGAACAACCAUCAUGAGGGACAAAAGCGAAGAGGCAUCUGAAAUCUCAUCAGGUUCCUCAGGAGAGCCUAAGCACAGCACACUCACCCCUCAGGCAAUGAGAAGGCAGUGAGUUUUCCAGAAAGCUCGUCAUGUCUGUUUAAUUAAUCCACUGCCCCACUGUUUUAACGAUACAAACAUUUUAUGUUUAACACACGUGUGUACGUGCGUGUAUACAUGCAGCACCUGUGCUAAUGGGGGUGAGUGGUGCCUUGAAUCUGACAUGUGCUCCAAAACCAGUUCAUCAGCUGGAUGAAUAUGCGUGUUGGUACCUGUGUGUAUUAGUCGCUUUUACUGGGAAGCAUCUCCCAAGGUCAAAAGAAAAAUAGAGAAAAACUAUUUUUUACCCCCCUCUCCUUUCACUUCACAAUGUUAGAAACCAGAGGGAUAUGGAGUCUAAAUCCUGGGUUGCCGGCUUCCCCCUGUUCAGCAGAAAUGGAACAGGAAGAUGCUGGCACACACAAGUUACGGCCCGGAGAAGCAGAAGGUGGAGAGAAAGCUAGCAGGCUGGGUCACUCUUGCAGGAGCCAGGGUGGGCUGAGGACAAAGACAAGAUGCCCCUCCUUCAGCUGGAGUAGAG